GGAAGGCUGGGUCCUUCCUUGUGGCGGUCGCGCGGGCAGCGGCUGCGAGUAGCGGGACACUGGGCGCAAUGUAUUACAAGUUUAGCGGCUUCACGCAGAAUUUGGUGGGAGCAUGGGCUUCCCAUGCCUAUAACCCGCAGAUUGAGAUAUUUUUGUACUGUGUGUCUGAAAAGAAUCUGAAGUCCUUUCUGGGGUUAGAGAUUCCAUAUUGGUGUAUCAGCUCACCAAGAGAAGAAAAGGACAGCCAGCUCUUUCUUGAAACCAAAGGAUUAAAGCCUGUGGUUUCCACAGAAGCACCGCCUAUCAUAUUUGCCACACCAACUAAACUGACUUCCGAUUAUCCUACAUAUGAUUAUGCUGGGAAGAACAAAGUUCCAGAGCUACAGAAGUUUUUCCAGAAAUCUGAUGGUGUGCCCAUCCACCUGAAACGAGGCCUGCCUGACCAAAUGCUUUACCGGACCACCAUGGCACUGACGUUGGGAGGGACCAUCUACUGCCUCAUCGCCCUCUACAUGGCUUCACAGCCCAGAAAUAAAUGAAUUAGGCUGCAAAAGACUGGUUUGCUUUUUGGCAUAAACCCUUUGAAUUUUUGUUUCUGUAAAAAAAAAUUUUUUUUUACUUGAAUGGUCUACUUAACAUUUUGCAAGAAAAAAAUAGAAGAUAAGACAAUAUUUUGGUUUGUUUAUGAAAUGCACAUUGCCUGUCAGAGCUCAUUUGACAGUUAAAACUGUUGCUCAAAGAAAUGCUGCUGCUCUACCAGUGUGGGCUCUUGAUUUCCCUGGAGGUUCUGGAUGAAGGCUGCAUACAGACUCAUUAACUGCGGUCUGUGCUCAGGUCCUUGGGGACUCAUGGUGGCCUUUUUGAGCAUGAGGUGCAGAAACCUUUCUGGAUUUGGAUAUGUCUGAGGAAGGAAGACAAAAGCCAAGGCCAGGUGCAUGAAAUGAAGUAUUGUGUCUGUAGUUACCUUGGGGAUUUUCCAUCUUGCAGUAAAAUGUUAAUAGAAAUUAUUUGCAGCAUGCCUCUGUUCAUGGGGCAGUUUGUUUCAAAGGGUUAUUUGCCUCAUCCCAGAUCUUUAGUGAAAUUUUAUGUGCAAUUAUUAUGUAUUUAUUCCACCAUGGGAAUAGAACACCUGUUUAGUGUUGCAUUUUAGACCAUUGUCUGUUUUAUUAAUGAAACUGUGACACAAAGUCUCCUUUACCUUUUAAAAACGUUAUGAUUUUUAAGUUAUGAUUUCUUUUGAUUGUGGAAUAAAUACAUGAAUGAAAAAUCUGAA